GUGUACAUCGUCGUCGGCAGCCAUAGCCCAUCAGUCUUCCUGCAGCUGUCACGCAUCAGAAGGCAGUUGAUCAGAUGUAGUACUCGCACUUCCACAGGUGGAGGACCGGAGCAGAAGAUGUGCGGAUUUGCACCUGGACGGAUGACUCGUCAGGGUGCAUUACAGGAGCCAGGAGUGGUAGAAGGACGACCAAGUGCAUAAUGAAGCCGUCUCUGUACUCGUCCGACAUCUCGCUGAUGACACCAGGUGGCUCUGUUUCACGGCUCCGCCUUGUGCUCUUUGAUUGAAAGGGCGGGAAAAGUGGAUGGGAGUUUGAGAGGGCGGGAAAAGUGGAUGGGAGUUUGAAAGGGCGGGAAAAGUGGAUGGGAAAGAAGUGCUUGUCUCCGGAAAAGUAGCAGAAGGGGAGGGGACGUGCAUGUGGUCAUAUUGGCCGCUCAUGGUCGUCUCUUGGAAGGGCAGAAAUUGUCUCUGAAAAGUAAGAGAAGAGGAGGGCGACAAGGAGAGAGGAGGUGUUGUCGGUCCUGUCGGACAGUCUUUUCAAGCGCCCGCGCUACUAGUGGGCUAUGGCAGGACAUGGGGGAUGACAAUCCACAGGAGGAAGGAUUCACCUGUCCUGCGCAACUGCUGGAAAUAAGAUCUGCUAACUUCCUUCUGACGGGCUGCUGAUCAAUCUCUUAACCCGGGGCCAAGUCUUGCGCGCCCCUCUCUGUGUGUGUGUGUGUGUGUGUGUGUGUGUGUGUGUGUGUGUGAGAGAGAGAGAGAGAGAGAGAGAGAGAGAGAGAGAGAGAGAUGAAUCUCUGCGAACGAGGAGGAACGGAUCUCUUGAGCCUUGGGGGGAAUUGAUUGAUUAUAUACCUGGUUGAUGGUCAGUGAAAGGGGGGAGCGGGGGGGGCGGAAGGGAUGGAACUGUUGAGUUCCCGCGCUUUUGGUUUGUGGUCCCGCGCGCUUUGACUGGGAAGAGAUCGAUUGACGCGCUUUUCAAUGCGAAAGCAAGCUCCCGCGCUUUGCAAUUCGAAAGCCAAUCCCCGCGCUUCGUCUGUAAGACUCAUCAUGCUUCCCUAGUUCCCGCGCUUUUGAGUAUAUGAUGAUUUUGCGCGCUCUUCUUCAGACUGAACGACGCAGUUUCUCGCCUCUCUUUCCCGCGUGUUGGGUUCCGCAGCAAACGCAGGCAAUUUUCGAGGCUGGACGGUUUUGUUAACCUGAACAACGACCAGAGCAACCUCAACAGCAUUCCCAGCUCCCUCGUCACUAUCCUAGAAGCAUUCUCAGCUCCAUCGCUCAAAAUUGUCAGCAGCGCGAACAUCGCCCGCAUCAUCAACUUUGCCAGCUCUAUCAGUAUUUUACCAUCAUGUCCAUCGUCAUCACUAACUUACUGCCAAUGCUUUAACAACGUAGCCAUCAUCGCCAGGAUCACAUCGUCAGCAUCCUUGUCGUCUCGACCAGUUCUCCGCUUGGUCAGCUGCAUCGUCACUGUACUCAGCGCCGUUGGCCGGUGUCGUCAGUAUCGCACGGAAUCUUGAAAACCGAUAUCGUCGUCUGCAAAGUCCAGCUAAGAACGCAGCCUCACACACACACACACACACACACACACACACACACACAGAGAGAGAGAGAGAGAGAGAGAGAGAGAGAGAGAGAGAGAGAGAGAGAGAGAGAGAGAGAAAUGGAGGACGGUUAUGAAUUAACUCCUCUACUAGCUGGAGAAGGAGGACGAUUGAGCUCGCAAGGGGAAGGGGAGUCGUCGGUGGCUGCGCGUGACGGAGACUUGGUUUCGAACGUUGAGAUAUGGCUCAAGAAUUUGAGUUUGUCCAAGGACUUGGCCAUGGCGGCGGAGAAAGCAGUCGCGAGCCUCCUAGGCGUAAAGUCGGCCUCGGUUAAUCUCGACAACAAGAUGAACGUGGUCUAUAACAGCCGUCUAAUUCAGGAAAAGGAGAUCGUGGACGCGAUCACAAAUGUUGGGCUGUCUGGAAUGGUGACUGAGAAGACUGGCGAUGGAGUCGGAGGCACUGGUGAUGCCACCGUGGGGGCCAGGCAGGAGUUGUCAAUGGUGACAGGUCGGUUCCGCGUUGGGGGUCUCAUGUGCGCUGCGUGUGUGAACGCUGUAGAGAACAUCCUGAAGAAAAUUCCUGGUGUGAAGGAGGUGAAUGUUGCCUUAGCGAUCGAGGAGGCGGAGGUCAAGUACGAUCCGAACCUAUGCAGUGGACAAGAACUUGCCACGGCGAUCGAAGAUGCAGGAUUCGAAGGAGAGCUGCUUGGCACUUGUGAAAGAGAUAAGCUUGUCGUCAAUGUGGAGGGGAUGGACUCUCUGUUGUCGGAGGCAGCGGUGGAGCGAGUGUUGAAGAGUCUGAAAGGGAUAUGGGAUGUGCAAACGGACUCGAUGAGGGAGAGGGUUGAGAUCUUGUAUGAGCCGGAGCUCGUUGGGCUGAGGACAAUCGUGGAGGCAAUUGAGAAGGAAGGGGGGGGGGGAUUUCGAUGCACGCUUCCGAAUCCCUUUGCAAGGCAUGCUCCUGAUCGUAGCGCGGAAAUCCAGAAAAUCCGAAUGCUGUUGAUAUGGGGUGCGCUGCUGACGAUUCCAUCGUACUUUCUCAGUAUGAUGUGCAUGCGUAUGAUGGGGCCGAGGUAUAUGCUGAAGGCACAAACGGGCCACUUUAUCUCUGUGGACUUGAUUCGGCUUGCGCUUAUCACCCCCGUGCAGUUCAUCGUUGGCAAAAGAUUUUAUGUCGGGGCUUAUCGAUCUCUCAAGCAUCGGUCAGCUAACAUGGACGUCCUGGUGUCGCUCGCGACGAAUGCUGCAUAUUUCUAUUCUCUCAUCGCACUUAUCUAUGGCAUUUUCAAUCCGUCGUUUCAUGGAACCACGUUCUUUGAGACAAGUGGAAUGCUCAUUACUUUCAUCCUGUUUGGGAAAUACCUGGAGGCGCUUGCGAAGGGGAAAACGUCAGAAGCUAUAGCAAGGUUAUUGCAGCUAGCACCUACGUCUGCAAUUCUUCUGUCGAUUGACUCAGAUGGGCGAGCUGUGGGGGAGAGAGAGAUUUCGGCUGAGCUGGUCCAGAGAGGAGAUGUGCUCAAGAUACUGCCUGGAGCGAAAGUGCCAGUGGAUGGGCUGGUUAUCUGGGGUGAAAGCUUUGUGAACGAGGCUAUGAUCACUGGGGAGUCGUUGCCUGUGUACAAGGCAAAAGGAGAUGAAGCGAUUGGAGGUACUGUGAAUACCAGUGGGGUAAUGCACAUGCGGGCUACACGCGUUGGCAGAGAUACAGCACUUGUAAAGAUCUUGCAGCUUGUCGAAAUGGCUCAGAUGUCAAAGGCUCCGAUCCAAAAAUAUGCGGACUAUGUCUCCAGUAUGUUUGUGCCUGCAGUGGUCUUGUUGGCGCUUCUGACCUGGGUAAAAUCCAUUAUUUUUGACAAGACAGGAACGCUGACGGAAGGUCACCCAAUGGUGACCAGCGUCAGAGUGUUUGGUGACAUAAAUGGCUCAGAGUUCCUUAAACUGGUCGCGUCUGCAGAGGCUGGGAGUGAACACCCACUGGCAAAGGCCGUUGUUGCUCAUGCUGCAGCGACACUCAGUGGUUGUGAAGAUGCUGAGGAGGUGAAACAAUACGCCAAAUGGAACUUUACAGACAUAUCGUGGCUCUUUCCUGCAAAAGAGUUCAAGUCCCUUGCAGGGCGUGGUGUGUGUGCAGUCGUUGACAGCAAGGAAGUGCUGAUAGGGAAUCGGCAGCUGAUGUGGGACAAUAAAAUUGAGGUCUGUCAGGUGGCACAGACAUUCUUGCGGGAAGUGGAGAAUUCGGCAAGCACCGGAAUUCUUGUUGCUGCGGAUAAGCAACUCGUCGGUGCUAUUGGGAUCUCAGAUCCUCUGAAGCCAGAGGCCGUCGAGGUGAUAUGGGAGUUACAACGAAUGGGAAUCCAUUGCAUGAUGGUGACGGGAGAUAAUCGGCAGACAGCAGAAUGUAUCGCAAAGGCGGGAAAAGUGGAAGCCAUUAAAGCACUUCAGGCAAGAGGUGAUGUAGUGGCCAUGGUUGGUGAUGGUGUGAACGAUUCUCCAGCACUCGUUGCUGCAGAUGUGGGAAUGGCAAUAGGAGUGGGCACUGACAUUGCUGUUGAAGCUGCUGAUUGCGUGCUGAUGAGAAACAGUCUUGAGGAUGUGAUAACAGCCAUCGAUCUUUCUCGUCAAACGUUCCGGCGAAUCCGUCUCAACUUCAUUUGGGCCAUGGGUUACAACAUUAUUGGCCUUCCGAUUGCAGCAGGCAUCUUGUAUCCAUCUCUGAGACUACGCAUUCCUCCGUGGGUAGCAGGGGCAGCCAUGGCUUUCUCAUCAGUCAGUGUCGUUUGUUCUUCGUUGUUGUUGCGGAGGUAUCAACGACCACAGAUCAGAACGCUGAGACAGGUGAGAGUCGUCUAGCUUCCACUCAUCCCCGUACUGCUUUGCCUGAAUGCCGGCCAUCUCCGUCAGGUAUCUUGCGCUUCUACUCCGCUGGUCACUCCUCUUUUCCUUAUUCUGUAUAAAUGUGCAGUGGUGGUUCUGCUUGAGGAAUGAAGCGCAUCAAAGCAUCACAGCUGUCCAUCUAACAUGCCCGCUACCGUCUUCCCCCGAACAUAACGCACCCUAAAAAUGAAUGUAUACGAGCUAUAUUUCCGGCCAGAUGCAGCCAAAGUAAGGGUGCGUUGUGUUCGGGGGAAGACGGUAGCUCCCUUCCAUCCCAAUCAUCAACUAACAACCCUCCUGCCAUCCGCCUGUCCCCACCCCCUCCUAUCCCCUUGCAACCCUUGUAAUAACCGAUGACCACCUCCCUACGGCUUUUCAGGAUCUUGAUGGGUGUACGGGUAACCCUCCUGACAUCCUCCUGUACUUCUUUUCAUGAACGGCUUUGCACCGUUCCCGGUCAUGGAAACGAUGAUUUCACCUCGCUACUUUCCGAUUUUGUGACGAUUGAAAGCCGUUAACACUGGCGAGUAGUUUAUCAGCACCAAUUCUGGGUUCAACGGAUAUCGCCAAUGCGCGUUUUUUUCUGUAUAUCAGGCACGGACACAUUCAGGAUCAUGUACUGUCACACACUGUCGUAGGAAGGAGCAUCGUACAUGAAAUGCCCCUUGAUCGCCUGUAUUUUACCUUUCUCCCUAUGAAGGCUACAAAUCUCAGACUGCAGAGACAUAUAUGUACUUACUUAACAUAUCAAAGACUGCAGAGAGGUACUUGGCAUGAGAUAAGUGCUGUCACUCACGUGUACUGAAUCUCCGCAAAUUUGUUGGUCUCUUCGAUAGAAAUUCUUGUUUUUGAAUUUAAAAUCUUCUACAGUGAUAAAUCUUGAUGGUCGGGAGCCAUCGAUAGCCGCGCUCCAACAGAUUACCUAUUGUAUUGUGUCUACAACUUCCACACAUCCUGGUUUUCCCAGGAGCUGUAUUUCAAAGUGUUUCUUGUUCAUCCGUCUCCGACCAAUCUCCCUAUGAAUACUAUGUGAAUAUCCCACUUGAAAGAGGAUCCCCUGAAUGUAGGGGAUCUCUCACCAGAGUUUUGAGCUCCUGCGUUCUCGCACACAAGUUGUCAAAUGAGUAGUUCCCGAUGAUCGGGCAAUCUCCUUUAUCCAUAGCCAUUGGCAAGUGUCAGCUUGAAUAGACAGACUAAUCUCAGCUCGAAUAGACAGCCUAUUGAUAUCAAUAGUGUUCCCUAAUCUACGGUCUUAAGUUCUUCACUCUGGACUUUGUCCUCAGAAGUCCCUCUACCCUAAUUGUGUAAGGAUUGAAUCUGGCUGUAUGUUACGGCGAAAGUGGGAAUCGAACCCACAAGGCUUGAACCCCUGUCACAUGCUAGGUGCGGUGCAAUUACGUAGCGAUCCAAUCUGUGGAUUUAAGGAUCAAAUUUGGCUGUACCUUAUGACUAAUGGGACUCAAACCGCCCACAAGGCCUGAAGCGCCGUCACAUGGUAGAUGCGAUGCAGUUAUGUAGCGACAGGCGGCUUGAAAUUCAGAGUGCAGAUGUAUUCGACAGCACAUCAGCUCUGCAGCAUGUAACUUGAUCUCUUCUAGAGUCCACAGUCUGAGGUUUGUAACUACCGUCGUCACCCGAAUAGAACGCCAGGCGAUUAUCACUGUAUCUAGUCUAGAAGCUGCACCAAAUACGACUACAAUGACCGGGCGUUCUAUUCGGGUGAAGACGGUAGCGGUUUGUAACUUGAGUCUUGAAGCUCCUGAUCUGCAGGGGAGUUGAGUCUCCUUUGUUCGAAGGGGAAAAUACUAUAUAUACACAAUGGCAUUUGGGACCCCAGUUUGUUAGGUCCUCCUGCUCCCUCCCAUACUGGCAUGAAAUCUGUGUUGGGAUCCCAGUUGUACAGCGCAACUUUUGGUGAAUCCCAUGUGCCGGGCUC